GCAUCAUUCAGAGCUGUCUUUACAAACCUCGGUGCGAGUGGAAGAAAGGGGCCAACUUCUCUCGGUAGUUACUACAGUGGUCAGGAUCAUGACGGUCAAGUUACAUUGGCCAGCGGUAUUCAACAAUGGACUGUGCCGUACAUAGGUGACUACAGAAUAGAGGCUAUAGGAGCUGCAGGGGGGUACGACACAUCCAGCAGUAGGGGACAAUACCAAGGAAGAGCUGCUAGAAUGAAAGGAACUUUUCGCUUAUUCAAAGGCGAAAAAAUUCAGAUACUUGUUGGUCAAGAGGGUGGAAUCAACAGACAUAGCCAGAGCUCCGGAGGCGGUGGAGGUACUUUUGUAGUGAGAGGAAGCAACACGCCUUUAAUCAUAGCUGGAGGAGGUGGUGGCAUAGAAAGUGCUUCCUCCAGGCAUUCAGGAUGCGAUGCCUCUACGGGGACCACAGGAAAUGCUGGGUACAAGUCAUGGUCAGGAGGAAGUGGUGGACAAGGAGCAACGACCGCUGACAAUGACAACUCAGGUGAGAUGAGUGUGUCAAGACGAGUAGAACCACCACAACAGCAAUCUUCGCUAAAUCUAAAAUCUAACUACAUCCGCCUUCUUCAAUAUGGAUGCUAACCUCGUGGACAGAGGUCAAAGUCCUCAACUUCGUAUGCUGACCAUUUAUUCAUAUCAAUUAAAACGUUCAUCAAAGUAUUACGUUACCUGAAUCCACUCGUACUCUUAGUUCUCUUAAUCAGUUUAAAUCUCACGUACUUCAACGUUAUUCGGCUGCUUUUCGUACAAACUAUGACAUCACUAACUUUAACACCUGGAAGUCGAUCUGCUGCAAAUGCAGUAGGUCACGUAAUCUUCUAUUAGCUGGUAACUGACUAAGACUUUUUAGGAUUUUUAUACUUUUUAUAAUGUUUUAAUGUUUACAUAGUUAGUAUUUGUGUAUUUUCCGUAAGGGUACACUUAAUUUGAAGCCUCGCUCUGUUGUGUGUCCCGCACCUUCGUCCCUUAGUUUUUGUGUCUUGUUCAAAUGUUUUUUUCCCCUAGUCUUUUUUAGCAUUGAAAUCAUUGCGAUUAAAUAAAUAAAUAAAUAAAUAAAUAAAUAAAUAAAUAAAUAAAUAAAUAAAGGAACUUCACACAUCAGCCUUAAUAGCUGCUUAAGACUUUUUUUCCUUGUUUCCUGCAUGUUAAAUUUGUUUAACUUUCAAUAAUUCAUGAAAUGAAUUUAUAUUUGUUUUAUUGUUCCUCAUAUAAUAAGUAAGAGUAGGUUUUAAUGACCUUGACCAAAUCCGCUGAUUGAAAUUGGUGGUAUGCAUUUGAAUUUUACAAGUAAAAAGGCAUAUUAGUGACACACAUCGAGGCCUAAGUGAUGUGAUUACUUUUAUCAAUAGAAUCUUAAUUUUAUUUGUUAAAUGAAGCCUCAAGAAAUCCACCUGCACAUGUUACUUUUUGUUCCUCAGUAAAGAGUUACUGAUAAUAAUAUUAUUUAUAUUUUAGGUGGAGGCGGUGGUGGAUUUUAUUCCAGUGGAAGAAGCUCAAAGAACUUCGGAGGUUCAAUGGGGAAUGGCGGAGAAGGAGGCAAAGGAUUUCUUCAGGGAGGAGUGGGUGGAAGAGCCUGGUAUUACAAUGCUGUAGGCGGGUUUGGAGGGGGAGGUGGCGCUUAUGGAUUGGGAGGGGGUGGUGGAGGUGGAGGAGGAUACUCUGGGGGAAGUAGCGGGGAUAAUGAGGGAGACUCCUGUGGAGGAGGGGGAGGAUCCUACAAUGCUGGAAAGAAUCAGCAGAAUGAAUGCUGUUAUAAUACAGCUGGACAUGGUCAGGUGACCAUAACAUUGAUAUAG